AUGGACAAACCUUUACACAUUGUUUUAAAAUCAUUGGAAAAGUUUGAAAUAAAAAACUGCUCUUGGCUAAGUGCUCAUGAUGUCACGAUUGAAGCACCUCUACUUCAGAGUGUUUUAAUAGUACAAGACCGUGAGUCAGUAACUCGUGAGCCACGUAGCUGCACAAUCAAAUUUUCUGAUUCAUGUAUGAAAGAAUUCACUUAUGAAGGAUAUGGUAGUAUAUCACAGUCCAUUGUUCUGUCAAAUCCAUCUGCCGCCCGGUACGCUUCUGUUAAGAUUAUGUUGCAUAGGGAUGGGAGUUAUGUUCAGGAAACUGGAUCACGCACUUGUCUCCUUCUCAAACAAUUUAGUCAAGCAAAGCGUAUCGAAUUUCACGAAUCAGAGGUUCUCACUCAACCAAAUAUGAUUGCUCUACCAAGAUUUGCAAUGUUGAGCCAUUUGGAUCUUGGCGUUAUUACUGGUGAUGUUCUGUUGAGCUUGCUUCAAAAGUCUCCUAUUCUCAACACUCUAGUUUUAAAGGAAAUAUCAAAAUUCGACCAAGAGCUUCUGAAUUCUGCUGCUGUGCCCGAGUGUUUGGCAUCAAGUCUCCAAGUUGUGAAAUUUGGAAGGGUCUAUGGAUCCGAGCAUGAGUUGUUUUUGGCUAAAUAUUUUAUGGAAAAUGGCGCAGUGCUUGAGAGGUUGUACGGUUUUAAGAAAGGAGUCUCUUUUGCUAUACUUGAAUUUUAUCAUUAG